AUGAAUGCUGGACCUGCCGCAUCCGAAGUGUACGCACAACAGCUCUUCAAGCUUGCCUUGGGUUACCCACUGUGGGAGCCUGAGCCGAAGAACGGACAAGGCGAGGUUCUAAUUGGCGAUGUUGGGUAUCUCAACCAGGGAGGGUUCUACCGUCUCUUCAACGCUAUGAAGGAUGCCGAUGAUCCCAUUCAGCAAUAUAGAGUUCCUCGGGAUUACAAGAAAUUCGACUUGGGCCUCAUGCAAGUGGUUCCGGCGAACAAUGUUGUCAACGAAGGGCCUAUCUUUAGUCAGACAGUCCAUCGAACCGACAUCGGGGGUGGUGCUGGCUCCCAUGGCGUCAACUUCGCGUUUCAAUGCGAAUGUGCCGACCAAAAUGGCGCGUUGGCGAUCUUGGAUACUCCCGGGAGGCGUGAACUUGUGCACCAGAGCCGCCGGAUGACGAAACACAUGAAGGAGAACAUAGAGACUUGGCAUCAUUGGGCAUCGGAGGAGGUGGGCCUUGAAGUCGCUAUCGAAGAUAUCCUCUUUGUUCGAGGAUGGAUUAAGACCAGUCGCUGGGCUGUCGUAGCCUUCUUUGGCAACAGUAGACAUGCGAGACUCUCCUUCACUGGCGAUCUGGGUCUUCCUGUCUCCGCUGCAUUCCACGUUGAUAUACAGAGAGAGACAGCCGCCACUUGUCUUCCUCGGAUAGGGCCAGAUAAUCGCCCGAGGUUUAAUCCAGGUAGACCUUCGGGGCCUGCUCAACCGGCGCCGGAGCUCGCGAGUCCUGUCCAGUCGCAGAGUCCCAAAGGUAAAAGAAAGAAGGGCAAAAAUCGCGCAGAUGACACGGAUCCGCGACACUCAAAAGAGAUGGACUGGGGAAGUCAGGUCGUUGCCGCUCAGGAGUAUCCUUCCGACCAGUGCAUUUUCCUGCACUACUUCAAACUGAAGAAGCGCCUGCUACUGCCCUCGAAGAUCGAGGCUGCCGCUGAGCCUCAGGACCCGUCGGUAGACCGCGACACUGACGAUGGCAUGGGAUUGAUAGAGGAAGUUCCUCCGAAGGUGACGCCAUACGACCCUGUCAUAUUCGUUUUGGAUUACAUAUUGGAGAACUCUCAUGCAGACGUAGCCAUCGCAAGUGACUUAGAUUUGAUUCGCAUCUGCAAAGCCCGAUUUGACCAUCAAUACCCGAUUCCUGACGAUAUACCACACUUUCUGGAGGAGAAUAGGCCUGAUAUUGAAGUGACUGAGGACGGACUCGGCAUGUUACUUUUCGACGACGAAGUCACCGAAAUGCUCAUAGCGGAGAGUGCAAACGCGGCGGAUGUCCAGCAUGAUCCACACACGACGGACCCGGGUCAGGCGGAGGCUGAUCCGCAAAAGGGUGCGGCGGACGACGACAUCGAGAUGGGAGGGGGACCCGUCCCUGGUGCGAGUGAUGACAACCCUGUGAUACCCCCUGACAAUCUUGCCGAGGACAAGGGGAAGAGGGUGGACAGGCCAAAUAUCCUCCAUAUGCCAGCGCUCACCGGCACCGAGCGCAGAGGUGGGAUCUCCGCCCUCGCAUACUCCCCGGUGGGGAGAGACAUCGCCGCUGGGUUCGAGAACAACACUAUCAUGGUCUGGAGCACGAUGAACCAAGCAGUGAGGCAUCAGUUCCAGGACCACGGCGGUGCCGUCUCCUCGCUCGUCUUCUCCCCCGACGGGAACAAACUGGUCUCCGGAGGGCGCGACGGACGUGUCAUCAUCUGGGAUCUCAUCGCAGGAGGCAUGAUCCGAACCCUUCACGCUCAUGAAGGCACCGUCGACUGUGUCGCGUACUCACCAGAUGGCAAGCUGUUCGCAUCCGCGGCUGGCGACUCUGUCGUGAAGCUGUGGGAGGCUGAGUCCGGGAACUUGCGUGCGUCGACGGAGGAGCACAACGGGAUCAUCAUGUCUAUUUUGUUCUCCCCCGACAACGAGCGGUUCGUCUCCACAAGCGCGGAGGGCACUGCACAUGUGUGGAGCACGCAUACAGCGUCGCAUAUCUGCGACCUGCAGGGGCACGAAGGAGUGAUCUACACCGCGGCGUACUCUUCCGACGGAAGACGGCUCAUCACAGGCUCGGACGAUGGUACCGCUAGGGUCUGGAGUGCACUUCUCGGGGAAGAGUUUAUGACGCUCAGCGAGGGCGAUGGUGGCUCAGUAUGGGCUGCGACGUUCUCUACAGAUGGAAGGCACCUCCAUUACGUCGGGAGCGAACGAAUCAUCAAGACGUACGAUUCCUAUACCGCCGAUCUACUUCACAGCAUCGACUGUGGAGACAAGGUCGCGAUGGGCAUGACAUUCUCUGCUGACGGCCGUCUGCUCGCUGCUGGCGGCGAGGACCAUGUUGUGACGGUAUGGGACAUGGCGACGAAGCGGGAGGUGGCGCAGUACAACGGCCACACAGACAACGUUAACUAUCUCGCCUUCUCUCACGACAACAAGCACCUUGCGUCGGCAUCGGAUGACGGGAGUGUACGCAAAUGGGACCUCCCGGUUUUGCCAGCAGUGGCUUGA